UGGCGAAAGCGAAGGGGGAGGGCUUCAGAUCAGCAUCUCCAGGGGGAAUCCUUGCAGCCGGAUCCUAGGAAGGUUUACUCAUAACGACAUGGGAAAGCUGUCUUCCCCAAAUUGGAGGCAACCUGAGAGAAAGGGAAAGGAGAUGGAAGAGGAGGACCCAGAAGCCUCUGGAAUGGACCAAAGGGCAAGCAAGGGUCCCCUUCUCCUUGAAGCUGGGAGUGAAUUCUGGGAAACGGUCGUGCUGGAGGUCCUGGCGAAGGACAUCAUGGCAUCAGGUGUAGAUUGCCGACGCUUCAGGCUGUUCUGCUACCAUGAAGCCAAUGGGCCCCGAGAGGUUUGCAGCCAGCUCCAUGGACUUUGCAACCAGUGGCUGAAGCCAGAGAGGCACACCAAGAAGCAGAUCCUGGACCUGGUGAUCCUGGAGCAGUUCCUGACCAUCCUGCCCCAGGAAAUGCAGUGCUGGGUCAGAGGAUGUGGGCCGGAGACCAGUUCCCAGGCGGUGGCCCUGGCCGAAGGUUUCCUCCUGAGUCAGGCAGAGGAGAAGAGGCAGGCAGAACAGAUGUGGGGACCACCUGUGAAGAGGGAAGAAAAGUUCUCUGAGGUGAAAGGAGCUCCGUCAGAGGAAAUUCAGAGGGUCCAGGAUGCCCUGCCAUGUGGCAGUGAUGAAAUGGUGUUGAGCCAUGGACGUUGUAGAGAUGUGGAUACAGCUGCUGAACCUCCACUCCAGUGUCCCUUUUCCUUUGAGGAGGUGGCCGUGUCUUUCACGGAGGCGGAGUGGGCCCUGCUGGAUCCAGGCCAAAGAGCUCUCCACUGGGAAGUCAUGCUGGAAAUCUAUGAGACUGUGGCCUCUCUGGCAGAGAAUGAUCAGAGGAAUGAGGAAGAUGAGGAACUGCAUCAUCUAUCAUUAGAUGUAGUUAAGAAUGAAGAUGUGAGAGGAAACUUCAGAAAUCAAGGCAGAUGUAAGAGGCAAAAAGGAAGCCAUAUGUUCGAGAGGAGGGAUAAACCCAUUGGUCACCAAGGGGGCGAUUUACAAGAAAUAAUUCGCAUGGUGGGGGAAACAUACAAGUGCUUGGCGUGUGGAAUGAACUUCUCAGAUGAAACCCAAUAUAAUAUCCAUGUCGCACUGCACAGUGGAAAGAGGAUGCAUCAGUGCCUGGAGAGUAGGAAGAGCUUUCUUUGCAGAGCAGAACUAAUUGGACAUCAAGAAACACAUGCAGGAAAGGAAUCUUAUAGCACUUCACUCUGUGGUAAGAGCUUCUCAGAGAUAUCAGACUCUGUUCAUUCAGAAGAGAAACCAUCUGUCUCCUCAGAGGGUGGAAGGGCAGUCUCUGAUGAAGGAAAAGGUAAUGUACAUUUUCUAAAGCACAUCGUAAUGAAGGCACAUAAAUGCUUUUGGUGUGGAAAGUACUUCAAAUACUGGUCACAGUUCCUUGUGCACCAAAGAAUCCACAGAGGGGAGAAAUCUUUUCAAUACUCAGAGAGUGGAAAGGGACUGAGUCAGGGUGGCAUGCAUCAUCAGCAUCAAAGAAUCAACACAACGGACAAACCUUAUAAAUGCUCAGGGUGUGGAAAGAGCUUCAGUGAGAGUGCUAAUCUUAAACUGCAUCAAAGAAUCCACACAGGGGAGAAACCUUUUGCAUGUUCAGUGUGUGGAAAGACAUUCAGUCGUAGUAGCGAUUGUAAGCGGCAUCUAAGAACCCACACAGCAAAGAAACCUUUUGAAUGCUCAGAGUGUGGGAAGAAAUUCAAUCGUAGUAGCGAUCUUCAGCAGCAUCAAAGAACUCAUACAGGGGAAAAACCCUUCAAAUGUUCAGUGUGUGGAAAGAGAUUCAAUCGGGGUAGCCAUUUUAAGCAGCAUCAAAGAACCCACACAGGGGAGAAACCUUUUGAAUGCUCAGAGUGUGGGAAAAAAUUCAGUUGUAUUAGCGGUCUUCAGCGUCAUCAAAGAACCCACACAGGGGAAAAGCCUUUUGAAUGCUCAGAGUGUGGGAAGAAAUUCUGUCAGAGUAGCCAUCUUAAAAAGCAUCUAAAAACCCACACAGAGGAGAAAAGUUUUGAACGCUCAGCAUUUGGAAAGAGAUUCAGUGGCGGGAGCACUCUUCAACAGCACCAAAGAACCCACACAAUACAAGAAAUAAUUCCCAUGGUAGAGGAAACAUACAAGUGCUUGGAGUGUGGAAUGAACUUGUCAGAUCAAACCCAAUAUAAUAUCCAAGUAGGAAUGCACAGUGGAAAGAGGACCCAUCAAUGCCUGGAGUGUAGAAAGAACUUCCUUUGCAGAGCAGAACUACUUAGACAUCAAAGAACACAAACAGGAAAGAAAUCUUAUAGCACUUCACUCUGUGGCAAGAGCUUCUCAGAGAAAUCAGAGUCUAUUCAUUCAGGAGAGAAACCAUCUAUCUCCUCAGAUGGUGGAAUGGCAGUCUCUGAUGAAAGGAAAAGUGAUACACAUUUUCUAAAGCACAGCGAAAUGAAGGCACAUAAAUGCUUUUGGUGUGGAAUGUACUUCAAAUACAGGUCACAGCUCCUUGUGCACCAAAGAACCCACACAGGUGAAAAACCUUUUGAAUGCUCAGAGUGUGGGAAGAAAUUCAGUCGUAGUAACUCUCUUCAGCAGCAUCAAAGAACCCACACAGGUGACAAACCAUUUGAAUGUUCAAUGUGUGGAAAGAGAUUCAAUCACAGUAGCCAUUUUAAGCAGCAUCAAAGAACUCACACAGGGGAGAAGCCUUUUGAAUGCUCAGAGUGUGGGAAGAAAUUCUGUCAGAGUAGCCAUCUUAAAAAGCAUCUAAAAACCCACACAGGGGAGAAAAGUUUUGAACGCUCAGAGUGUGGGAAGAAAUUCAGUCACAGUAGCGAUCUUCAGCGGCAUCUAAGAACCCUCACAGGGGAGAAGCCUUAUGAAUGCUGAAAGAGUUGGAUCAACACGGCUGACUUAUUAAAAUAUGGGACUAUAUUACAAUGGACAAAAUCACAGCUCAGAUAGCCAGCAACAAUCCAUUGAAAGCGGCCCAGAAAUUCAUAGCCAAGUGCUAUCCCAUUUUAGACAGAAUUGAGGUUGAUCCCGUUCUUUCUUUCUCAAUUAACCAGCGUGCUAUUCAUAAACAAAUUAUUCUAGCUUGACAAAAGUUCACUGUAUGCGUCGUAACUUCCCCCCAAAAAAUUACAUUAUGUCAAAUUAUUUUAUGGUAUUAUUUUACUUAGUCUGUAUUGCACUAAGGUUUUAUGUUAUUAUUGUAUACUACUGCUUUACCUGUACAAUUAGUUCUUAAAUGAACAGAAUGUAAGUUUAUAAAUAAAAUAAAAUUUUGUGGGGAAAAAGAA